UCUUGUCUGGGGAAGUAAUUAAUUAAUUAAUUACUUACUUACUUAAAUUGAUUGAUUGAUUGAUUAUUGAUUUAAUUUCCUGUCCGAGGGAGAUAUCUGGUUCUUUCUCCUCCACGUUUAAAUAACUAAAAUAACUACCCCUCUUGACUCUAUCUUUCUAUCUUUCCAUCUUUCUCUCUCUCUCUCCCUCCCAUUCUUCUGCCCUGGACCGUGGAUGAAUCGGUCCGUUGUCUUUCGCCUCCUCCGCCAGCGCAACCACAAACUCAACCCCGCCAGAGCCUUUUCCUCCACACACGCCGCUUUCCGCGCAAAGGCCGUCAAGGUCGAUUCCACCAUGGCUACGCUCACCACCAAGACCGGUCAGACCGUCGACCGGUCCAGUCUCGAGUCGCUCGUCCGUCGCCGCCUGUUUUUCACUCCCUCCUUCGAGAUCUACGGUGGUGUGUCCGGUCUGUACGACUAUGGUCCCCCCGGCUGCUCUCUGCAGGCGAACAUCGUCGACCUGUGGAGGAAACACUUCGUGCUGGAGGAGGACAUGCUGGAGGUCGACACCACGAUGCUGACCCCGCAUGAGGUCCUCAAGACCAGUGGUCACGUCGACAAGUUCGCCGACUGGAUGUGCAAGGACCCCAAGACCGGGGAGAUCUUCCGUGCAGACCACCUGGUCGAGGAGGUGCUGGAGUCGCGUCUCAAGGGCGACAAGGAGGCUCGUGGCCAGAAGGUCGUGGUCGACGAGGAGAAGGAGGCCAAGAAGAAGAAGAAGGUCAAGGAGACCAAGGUGGUCAAGCUGGACGAUGCAGUCGUCGCCGAGUACGAGGAGGUCCUGGCCAAGAUCGACAACUACGACGGCGACGAGCUCGGCCAGCUGAUCACCAAGUACGACAUCCGGAACCCCAAGACGGACGGCCCUCUGCUGCCGCCCGUCGCCUUCAACCUGAUGUUCCAGACCUCGAUCGGUCCCAGCAGCAACAUGCCCGGUUAUCUCAGACCGGAGACGGCGCAGGGUCAGUUCCUCACCUUCCAGAAGCUGCUCGAGUUCAACCAGCAGCAGAUGCCGUUUGCCUCCGCCUCCAUUGGCAAGUCCUUCCGUAACGAGAUCUCGCCUCGCGCGGGUCUGCUGCGCGUGCGUGAGUUCCUGAUGGCGGAGAUCGAGCACUUUGUCGACCCCGAGGGUGGCAAGAAGCACCCCCGUUUCGAGGAGGUCAAGGACACCGAGCUGUCGCUGCUCAACCGCGACGUCCAGCUGUCCGGCAGCACCAAGACCGAGCAGAUGACCAUCGGCAAGGCGGUCGAGAUCGGACUGGUGGACAACGAGACCCUGGGUUACUUCCUCGCCCGUAUCCAGCAGUUCCUGCUGAAGAUCGGUAUCGACAAGAGCAAGCUCCGGUUCCGUCAGCACAUGGCCAACGAGAUGGCUCACUACGCGGCCGACUGCUGGGAUGCUGAAUUGCACACCAGCUACGGUUGGAUCGAGUGCGUUGGCUGUGCGGACCGCAGCGCCUACGAUCUGACGGUGCACAAAAACAAGACCGGUGCCCCUCUCGUCGUGCGCGAGACCCGCCCCGAGCCUCUCCGCAUCGAGGAAUGGCAGGUCAACCUGGACAAGAAGAAGUUCGGUCCCCGCUUCAAGAAGGACAGCAAGACCGUCGAGGCCGCCGUCGAGGCGCUCUCCCAGGAGCUGCGCGAGAAGCUGGCCCUGGACCUCCAGCAGAACGGCAAGAUCGAGGUGGACGUCGAGGGUGUCGGCAAUGGCAAGGUCGAGCUUGACAAGGAACUCGUUGCCAUCGAGAAGCGCGAGCGCGUGGAGCACAUCCGGGAGUACACUCCCAAUGUCAUCGAGCCGUCGUUCGGUAUCGGUCGUAUCCUGUACAGUUUGAUCGAACACGUGUACUGGUCCAGACCCGACGACGAGGCCCGUGGUGUUCUGUCCUUCCCGCCGGUGAUUGCGCCCACCAAGGUGCUGCUUGUGCCGUUGUCGAACCACGCCUCUUUCCGGCCUCUGCUUCAGCGCUUGACCUCCAAGCUGCGCCGUGCUGGAAUCUCCAACCGCGUGGAUGACUCCUCCGCCAGCAUUGGCAAGCGUUAUGCCCGUAACGACGAGCUGGGUACUCCUCUCGGCAUCACGGUUGACUUCCAGUCCGUCAAGGACCAGACAUACACCCUCCGUGACCGCGACACUACGAAGCAGGUGCGCGCCAGCGAGGACGAGAUCCUGCAGGCCGUUAAGUCGCUCGUCGACGGUGACGAGACUUGGGAGGAUAUUCGGAAACGCCUGCCCGAGUUCACCGGACAGGAGGCUGAGUAAAAGGGGACUUGGGUGCCGUUUACAGAAUAAAAAAAAGCUGCUGGAUCCUGAUAUAGCUAUCUAUUAUCUAUUUUCUUUUAUUUUCGUUCUUACCCUUCUAGAAAGGUUUCUGCAUGGAGGGCUCCGAUUACCUGUGGACGUUGUCUUUUCUCCGGGUGUCUAGAGUAGUGUAUACGUGUUGUACGUAGAACGAGCGGAAUGCAAAAGCACCAAUUGUCAUGACCGGUGCAGAGCAAUGAGUCGAUCAUUCAUUUCCGAUCAGUCUCUCGACUGCAAUGCUAGAC